UUCUGGACAGUCGGCCAUCUUUCUCGGUUCAUUGUCAUUCAUCGCGGUUCGUUGGUCGUCGAAAAAUCUUCUUGCCUUCUUCUCGGAAGCGAAGCAGCGGCAGACAUGGCCAAACCAAGAGUGUUCUUCGACAUCACCUCCGACGGUGCGGCUAUUGGCCGCGUCGUGAUGGAGCUGCGAGCUGACGUGGUUCCCAAGACCGCAGAGAACUUCCGCGCCUUGUGCACCGGUGAGAAGGGUUUUGGCUACAAGGGUAGCACCUUCCACCGUGUCAUCCCUGACUUCAUGUGCCAGGGCGGGGACUUCACCAACCACAAUGGAACCGGAGGAAAGUCCAUCUACGGGAACAAGUUUGCCGACGAGAACUUCACCCUGAAGCACUUGGGACCCGGGACCUUGUCCAUGGCCAACGCUGGACCAAACACCAACGGCUCGCAGUUCUUCAUCUGCACCGCCAAGACCACCUGGCUGGACGGCAAGCACGUGGUCUUCGGCACUGUGGUGGAGGGCAUGGACGUGGUCAAGAAAAUGGAGGCCAAAGGUUGCGGCAGCGGCAAGACCUCGUCCAAGUUGGUCAUCCAGGACUGCGGCCAGCUCUGAGCGCACCACAGUCUACCUGUCGCAUAUUGGGGACCCCCUCUCUCCCCAAACCCUUUCCUCCAGCCUGUCAUUCAUUCCACGUUCCAGCUAAUCUUGGAACAACUCAUUUCCAUUUCUGUUUUUGUAACAAUUCGAAACCUGUCGCUGCAUUUGUGACUUUGCCUCUGAACGUUUGGUUUGCAUUUAACAAUCUGGUCCAAAACGGUUUUCUUUCAUCGACAAGUAAAUAAAAGAUGGCCUUGGUGACUCAA